AUGGGAGUGAUGGUUUACGCACCUGGGGGAGAUGAGGGAGAGGGUGGGAGGGGAGAUGGGGAGUGGGAGGAGGGGGAGGAGGAGGAGGAGGAGGGAGAGGAGGUACAGGAGGGGGGGGAGGAGGAGGGGAAAGGGGAUGAGAGGAGGUGGAUGGAUUGGGGCAAUCUGGUUGGAUAUGAGGAGCAGAAACGCGAGAUAGAGGACACGGUGCUGCUCGCCCUGCUCCGCCCUGACGUGUAUGACAGCAUUGCCAGGGCUACACGCACCCACUUUGAGUCCAACCGUCCACGUGCCGUGCUGUUUGACGGGCCGCCAGGCACUGGGAAGACGUCAUGUGCAAGAGCCAUGGCCAAACGAGCGAGCGUGCCGCUGGUGUACGUGCCGCUUGAGUCUGUAGCAUCCAAGUACUAUGGUGAGAGUGAGCGCCAGCUGUCGACCGUGUUUGCGCUGGCCAAUCAGCUGCACCCAGGUGGCGCCAUCGUGUUCCUCGAUGAGGUGGAUGCACUGGCAACAGCGAGGGACAGUGACAUGCAUGAAGCGACGCGGCGAGUCCUCUCAGUGCUGCUCAGAGAGAUGGAUGGGUUUGAGCGGGACCGGGGCAUUGUGGUCAUAGCUGCAACUAACAGAAAGGAGGACCUGGAUCCGGCUCUCAUCAGUCGUUUUGAUGCAGCCAUUACAUUCUCCCUCCCGGAUGCACACACCCGUGCGCUGAUCAUCGCUCAAUACGCGCGCCACCUCACACCGGAGGAUAGAGAAACUCUUGCAAUGGCAUGCGACAAGUGA